AUGUUCAAUCUUGAUUCACCAUCUACUAUAGAAGACGAUGAACCUUUAUUCGAUGAUGAAACAGAAUAUCCAAUUACUACUAUAGAAAAUACUGUACAAAUUUCAUACGAAACAUUGAUGAAUAUCAAUAAUACUGAAGCCCUAAUUACCAUUCAAGACAUGUUUGCUGCGGUCUAUCUUCCUUCUUUCUCUUUUAUUAUUGAUGAAAUUAUUGAUUGCGGUAGAAAAAUGAUGAACAAUAAUAAUUUAAAUGAAGAAGUCGGUGUUGAUGUUUACGUUCAUGUCGUUGUUAAUGAACUACCUCAACUUGAUUGGGAUGAUGAUGAUGACGACGAAGAGGAUGAUGACUAUAAUAUGGAUGAUUUUCCUAUUUGUUUUGUGGCGUCGAGUGAAGAGUCAAUUGAAAAAUUAGAAAAAGUUCAGGUUAAAGAUAAUCCAAUUUUUUGUUCGAUUUGUUUGGAGGAUGUUUCGGUUGGUUCGGAAGCUACUAAGUUACCAUGCACUCACGCGUAUCAUAAACAAUGUGUUGUUGAGUGGCUGCAAGUUAGUAAAUUUUGUCCCAAUUGUAGAGUUGAGAUAGUUUAA